GACCGUUUUACUUUAUUUAACUUUUACACAAACCAAGCGGGAGCAGAUAGAUAGGCAAAGAAACCAAAUCCACAGCAGUUCCUUUCACUCUCUGCCCAAUAAAUACAUAGAUCGACCCCCCAGGCUCCAACCCUCUUAGCUAACUGUGAAAUGAAUUUCUCUUAACCAACAAACCACUGUUCGAAUUUGUAUUAACUCUUGCUGUUGUUUCUUCUACUCUCAUUUUAUUGUCUCUGAAAAAGAGAAAUGGUUUCUGUUGGAGAUUCCAGUUCAAGCAGGUCUCCGUUAGGUCGAAACAUUUGCACUCAAGGUUCGGCUUCGACGGCUAAAAACGACCGACACACAACUGGUCGUUCCAUGCGUACGAUACGCUCCAAUUUCUACCAAAACGACGACAGCAGCUGCUCCUUUACUAGCUCCGUCCCCCAAAGGUCCGGAUGUAUCUCCGAAAACCUCACCGAAUCCGCCAUCGACAUGCGUCUCGGCCAACUGGCUUCCAAGAGCAACGCCAAAUCUGUUAAGUCCGACUCAGAAACCGAGGGCUUUUUAGACAUUUCUCAAGCCUUCAGCGAUUUCUCGGCUUGUAGCAGCGACAUCUCCGGUGAGUUGCAGCGGUUGGCUACCUUGCCCUCGCCCGAAAACGCCUUGGUAAAUGAGAGCGGCAAUGGAGCUAUGUGUGAACUGGAGCCGUGCCAAGGCUUUCUGCAGAGAGAGAACUUCUCGACGGAAAUUAUCGAGAGUAUUUCACCGGAGGAUCUUCAACCGACGGUCAAGAUCUGCAUCGAUGGCCUCCAAUCACCGUCCAUUGCCGUGAAGCGAUCGGCUGCGGCUAAGCUCAGACUGCUAGCGAAGAACCGCGUGGAUAACCGUGAGUUAAUCGGAGAAUCCGGUGCGAUCCCUGCUCUCACUUCGCUCCUUCGGAACACCGAUCCAUGGACUCAAGAGCACGCAGUGACCGCGUUGCUAAAUUUGUCUCUUUUCGAAGCGAACAAAGACCGAAUUAUAAAUGCUGGAGCUAUAAAAUCAUUAGUGUAUGUUCUCAAGACGGGAACCGAAACCUCCAAGCAAAACGCGGCCUGUGCACUUCUGAGCUUAGCUUUGAUCGAAGAAAACAAGGCUUCAAUUGGAGCAUGCGGGGCGAUACCACCUCUGGUAUCCCUUCUUAUUAACGGAUCCAACAGAGGCAAGAAAGAUGCACUAACAACCCUUUAUAAGCUGUGUUCGGCCAGGCAGAACAAAGAAAGGGCGGUUAGUGCGGGUGCAGUUAGGCCUUUGGUGGGGAUGGUAGGCGAGCAAGGGACCGGAAUGGAAGAGAAGGCGAUGGUUGUCCUCAGUAGCUUGGCAGGAAUUGAGGAAGGAAGGGAAGCUAUCGUUGAGGAAGGUGGGAUUGCGGCACUGGUGGAGGCGAUUGAGGAUGGGUCUACCAAGGGGAAGGAGUUCGCGGUGUUGACACUGUUGCAGUUGUGUGCUGAUAGCAUUAGGAAUCGAGGGUUGCUUGUUAGGGAAGGUGGGAUCCCUCCUCUUGUGGCUCUUUCUCAGACUGGGAGUGCUAAGGCUAAACAUAAGGCUGAAACUCUUCUUAGGUAUCUAAGAGAAUCCAGACAAGAGCCUUUGUGUUCCAGUCCUUAGAGAAGAGAAGAGAAGAGAAGUUUAUUAGUAAUUGAGGUAAUUAGACCAGAUUAUUGAGUUUUUUUUAUUUGUAUAGGGAGUGUUCUGAUGGUUUGUACAGUGUGGUUGAGUUGUACAAGUACAAAAGACAAUUUAAAGGAGGCUAGUCUGCAAGAGACUGACUUUGAGCUUACUUGUAUUGAUUAGGUUUUGGGUUUUUUUUUUUUUUUUGCCUUUUAUUAUUGACUUGUGUUCUCAGGGUUUGACUUGUGGAUUUUGGGUUAUUUUCCUUAUGUUUUGUCUGAGUGACCCAAAAUUCUAUUGCAUAGAUCUACUGGGUAUUGAUUGUCUUUCUGCAUAGUGAAUGUGGACUAUGGAGAAUAUGUUAAUGUGAUGUGAUCUACAUCCAAGCAUUUUUUUUUUUUUUGAUCAUCUCAGCUUGUAGCUCAAGCCUUCUGUAAUGGAGACGAUUGUAUUAGGUUUUGCAUAAAGUUGCCUAAGGAUGGCAUACGAUAAACUUUCUGUUCUUGUACUUGUUGAUCAUCUCUAGCACCUUGUGUGGUUAAUAAACAUUUCUCCUCAAGUUCUCGGUUGUCAAAUAGAGAUGUACAUAGCAUGUUAUACAUGGCAUCAACAUUCGAGACCUGCAGAAUGAAGGAAGAAUGUAUAGCAUAUGGUUUUCAUUUCCAAGCUGCCAAGGGGAUUGAUGCAGUAUUGACGAGGGACUGUAUUUUGCAUUAGGUGGAUGCAUAUUGCGGCAUCUUAGGACUCUUGAUCUUCUCCAAUUUGGUGUAAAGUCGUUUCAACUAUAUGGGAGAUUCACUUUCUUUUUGGUUCUUUUGUGUUGUUAUCAUGUAUUAGCUGGCAGGAGCAAGUGUGUUUUGUCCUACUGUACAAAGGAUAGUGAACUUGUAAUUGAUGGUCUAAUCUAUGCAUUCAAGUAAAUGAUUAAUCAAGAAA